ACGUAUCUAAGGUUAUCUUUGUUCAUUUGAUUUUUUUUCUCCUAUUUUUAAGCUGAUCAUGCGAUAAGUAGGGUGAAUAUAUUAAGUUAUCACCGGAAAUGUUCGAUGCGGAUAUAGGCUUAUCCAUUACACGUGAUGGCACUAGUCUUUGGUUCUGAUUUAUUCUUAUAAAAACCCCAAAUUAUCAGUAUCAAUCAUCAAAAGAUAGUUUCGACACGUUUCGAACGUUUUGUGGGCCUAUAUUGAUUGGUUAGUACAAUUUGGGCUGAUAUUCGAAGCCACAAAUCAAUUAUCUUCCUUUGCAAACUCUAAAUCCUAUGUUGCUCAAUUGGCUUAAUUAAGGCUCUGGCCUGGCCUGGCCUGGUCUGGCCUUCUAAUAUCGCAUGAAAUCAUUGACUAAGAACAAUGCAAAAAAAUCAUGAUACAUGUACCGUACAUAAUGGUCCCAUGGUUGCUGUAUGUAUCAUUAUUUUCUUUGGUUUCGUCUUUACUUGAUCAAGCAUUCAAGUUUGGUUGAGGUAUGGGUGAUCAAUGUUAGAUAUUGUUUGAUCUAUUUUUUAGACUAUGCAUCACCUUGGAUCAAUCCCCAGAACAGGUUGAAAAUACGUAAAAACAUGUGCUUCGCCUUAUGUACAUCUCGUAUUGUAUUGUGAUCUUUAUAUUUUAGGAAACUAGGUUUAUUGGUUUAACCUAUAUAUACAGAUGUAUUGCCUCUAAGAUGAAACACAGAAAACCUUUUCCAACAUUGGGCCUACUUUCUCUUUUCUCUUGAUGUCAACUCUAAGAUCUUGGAAACCUAAGUAUUUUAAGAUGAAUCUUAAUAAAAAGAUAAUUUCUGCAGUUCGGACCCAUAAAUCUUAUAUAUAAUAGCUAUUUAAAAUUUGAAGGAAAAAGUGAAUGUUUCAUAGCGAUCGAUGUACCUAAGUCUGCUCUGGAGAUUUCUAGCCAUGGAAAUUCUAACCUUAAUGUGACACCUCAUUUUCUGUAGAAUAUACAGAUUUUGAUUUUCGUAUAAUUGGUUUGAUCAGACGAAUGCACAACUUAUUCUAUAAUUUAAUACUCCAUGCUUGAUGUUGUGUCAUCUAGCUGAACUCAUACCAUCAUCUUGUACCAGACAAUCACCCUUUUUCUUUCCCGAGCGUCUCUGUAAGAUUUCUUGUCCAUAUGUUAAAGAUCUAUGUUGCUUUCCAAACACUAUAAAGAACGAAAACAGAGAGGCCAGGAUCACGUUAUUCGGAUUAUUUUGAGUGUAUGCUUGUUGCUCACAUUUGGAAGACUUAUCAAGUGGCGAACAACUCAUAAUCAUAAGAAUAAACUUGGUAUAUAUAUAUAUGCUCGUCGAAAGAUCAAGGGAAAUGAUGAUAGGUAUACACGUUUUUGUGACAAACAUGCGUCUACAUUCUGUUCCCAUUUGGUCGUGCGAGCAUGUUUGUCUUUCCUUGACCGUUUCUACUUCAUAGAUCGUGCAUUAUUGUCAUUUUAAGUUAUAAACAUAUUUUAUAAUAUUUUAUCUGAUCAAUCGUUGACGGCUAAUUAUUUUAUUCUCAAGCAUCAGAACGUGCAUACAAGUUUGUGAAAACCAGUGACGAUGGUUUCAUCUCUGCGCAAAGGUCAGCUCUUUUUAGUCUCCUCUACGUUUUCCUCAACGUGUAACCAUGUCACUGAUUGACAAAUUCAGUAAAAAAUAAAGACAACUAGAGGAUGGAAAGAGUUACGAACUUACGACUCUAGAGUUUCUAAACUGUUUUAUAAAGAUGGAGCACAUAGGGAUAAUAGAUGUUCAUAAUAUGUAAAAAAGUGGGUUUCUUGACCCAUAAAAAAAAUGCUGUUCCAUCCUCUUCGUAUCUUCCUUUUCCUUUUUCUCUCUUCCCUUUGUUUACUACAGAUCAAAGCUGCUGAAAGUGGCUUGGGUGUUCAUAUCAAAGUAGACCCGAAACUCAAGUUCGAGAACCCGAAGCUACGUGAAGCCUACAUCGCUCUCCAAUCAUGGAAACUAGCAAUCUUCUCUGACCCUUUCAACUUCACAGCCAACUGGAACGGCUCAGAUGUUUGCUCCUACAAUGGAAUCUACUGCGCUCCUCUUCCUGGCGCAUACAACAAAACAAGAGUCGUUGCAGGCAUUGACCUUAACCAUGCCGACAUGGCUGGUUACUUACCAUCCGAGCUUGGUCUCCUUUGUGACCUCGCUCUCUUCCACCUUAACUCAAACCGUUUCUGCGGUGAAGUCCCUCUCUCAUUCAACCGCAUGAAGCUUCUCUACGAGCUUGAUCUUAGCAACAACCGAUUCGUCGGUAAGUUCCCUAAGGUUGUCCUCUCUUUACCGUCCCUUAAGUUCUUGGACCUCCGCUACAACGAGUUCGAAGGCAAGAUCCCGUGGAAGCUCUUCGAUAAAAAGCUCGACGCUAUAUUCUUGAACCAUAACAGGUUCCGGUUUGGGAUCCCCAAGAACAUGGGGAACUCUCCGGUCUCUGCUUUGGUUCUUGCGGACAACGAUCUUGGAGGAUGCAUACCUGGAAGUAUCGGUCAAAUGGGGAAAACACUCAACGAGCUUAUCCUCUCUAACGAUAACUUAACCGGUUGUUUACCUCCUCAGAUCGGUAACCUCAAGAAAGUGACGGUUUUCGACGUCAGUUCGAACCGUCUACGUGGUCCGUUACCGGCUAGCGUCGGUAACAUGAAGAGUUUAGAAGAGCUUCACGUGGCUAACAAUGGCUUCACUGGAGUCAUUCCUCCGAGUAUCUGCCAGCUUCCUAACCUUGAGAACUUCACUUACUCUUCCAACUUCUUCACCGGUCGUGCUCCUAUAUGCGCCGCUCUAUCGGUGGCAGACGCUAUUGUGAACGGUUCCAUGAACUGUUUAACCGGUGUGGCUCGUCAGAGAUCGGUUAAGGAGUGUUUAUCUCUGUUGGCUCGUCCUGUUGAUUGUAGCAAGUUUGGUUGUUAUAAUAUUUUCUCUCCACCGCCACCUACGUUUAAGAUGUCACCUGUUGUGAGGAAGCUUCCUCCACCUGUUUAUGUUUACAAGUCGCCUCCACCACCGUCGUCUAAGAUGUCUCCCACCGUGAGAGCUUAUUCUCCGCCGCCACCACCGUCGUCUAAGAUGUCGCCUACCGUGAGAGCAUACUCUCCGCCUCCACCACCGUUGUCCAAGAUGUCGCCUACUGUUCGAGCUUACCCUCCACCACCACCACCAUCUCCAUCUCCUCCACCGCCUUACGUAUACUCAUCUCCUCCUCCACCACCACCUUAUGUCUACUCAUCUCCUCCUCCUCCACCUUACGUGUACUCAUCUCCUCCACCACCGCCUUACGUAUACUCAUCUCCACCUCCGCCUCCUCCAAGUCCACCACCGCCUUACAUAUACUCAUCUCCACCUCCCCCUCCUCCAAGUCCACCACCACCUUAUGUAUACUCAUCUCCACCACCACCUUACGUAUACUCAUCUCCUCCUCCACCACCUUACGUGUACUCAUCUCCUCCACCUUCACCAUACGUAUACUCAUCUCCACCUCCACCACCUCCAAGUCCACCACCACCAUGUCCUGAAUCAUCUCCGCCACCGCCUGUUGUAUACUAUGCACCAGUGACACAAAGCCCACCACCACCAUCACCCGUAUACUAUGCACCGGAAAUACAAAGCCCUCCCCCUCCAACACCAGUAUACUAUGCACCGGAGACACAAAGUCCACCACCGCCAGCACCAGUAUACUAUGCACCGGAACAAAGCCCACCCCCGCCAACACCAGUAUACUAUGCACCGGAAACACAAAGCCCACCCCCGCCAACACCAGUAUACUAUGCACCCGAACAAAGCCCACCCCCUCCAUCACCGGUAUACUAUCCAUCAGAAACACCAAGUUCACCACCACCAUCACCGGUAUACUAUCCAUCGGAAACACCAAGUCCUCCACCACCAACUGAGUACUACUAUCCACCAGCCCAGUCUCCACCACCAGCAAAGGGAUGUACAGAAAGCCAUCCUCCACCAACACAAGCACCUCCUACUUACGAACCAACACCUGAAUAUUCAUACACAUCUUCACCACCACCGCUUCCUUCCUACCCGGACACGUCUCUACCACCGAUUCCAAGUGUCUCGUAUGCUUCGUCUCCUCCUCCUCCGUCAUACUACUAGUUUCAAAUAAUUGAGUAAAAAAAUGCAUUGCCUUACAACUACUCACAAUUAUAUUCUUUUGGCUGCAAGACAUUGAUUUGUGUGUUUGGUUGAUUUAAACAAAAAAAAAAAAACAUUUGAAUUAUGUUUUUCUUAUUUCCAUAUUUUUCUUUUGAAUAUUUUGUUCUCUCUUUUUUUUUUCCCUCUAACACAGAGCUGCAUUAGCAGCAAUGGAGUAUAUAGUUUCAGUUUA